AUGAUAAAAACAACAAACUUAACGAAAACUGUUUAUAACACCCAUCCCGUACAUUCCCAGCCGAUUCGUUUAUACACACCGUCGAUCACGUCCUCGUCGGGAUCGGCAUGUGAAACUGAACCAUCGUCGAUAAGUUCAUCGUACAAGAGUAAUACUGGCACAACGGACGAUCUCGACCAUCUGCUCUCCGACGAAUCGACAGCAUCACUGAUAGCUCUUGUAGAAAAAUUGAAACGUGAAUUGGCAACGAUAAAACAAGCAAAGAGUCAGUUAGCGACACUUUACAAAGUAAAAUGCAAAUCUGAUCUUGAUAAAUCAGCAAAAAUAACAAAACUUCGUCUUCAAUUCGAAUACGAAUUAAGUACAUUCUGUAAGCAGGACCAGAAAGAUCUAGUAUGCUAUUUGCAAAGACAACUACUCGCACGUGAUCAACGUAUCACUGAAUUAUCCUACGAUAUUGAACAGUUGAAAAUUUCGUCGUUGACUAACAACGAAAAUGAGAAAGUGAACAAAAGAACUGAACCUGUACAAAUUCUACGCUAUAACGAUCCUGACUUAGUGAUUUCUACGAACCGCCGAUUGUACGACGAACAAGAACGAGCAUUACAAAGACAAAAUGUGGAAUUGAAUGACCGAGUAAGGAAGUUCGAAAAGCAAUUAGAAGUCAUUAAACAUGAUCAACCGAGAGAUCAUAGUAAAGAAUUGGUUAAACGAGCUUUAUCAAAACAAACCAUCGAGUAUAAUCGAAUUUUGGCGAGAAAAGAUGAAGAGAUUCACCAAUUGCAUACGCGUAUUAAACAGUUAUCGACAUCAAAUUCUCUGGAAGCUGCGCUACGACAAUCAAAUAUUGAGAAAAUACAUUUGGAAAAACGUCUUUUAUCUUCCAGUUCUUCGUUAAACUCUACGACAACAACGAAUGCUAGUCCUGCAACAACUUUCACACCAAACACUAGCGAUGAUCAUCAUUCAUCGUUUCUCCGAACCAACUCCUCAUCAACAUCAUCCGUCGAUCCCAAUCAUUUCCAACCAUCACAAACAGCACAUGAACUGUUUGAAGCAGAUGUCCAUUCCAACGCAGUUAAUUUUAAAUCACAGCGUCAGCAAACGACUGAACUUCAAGAAGCUUACAGACAUCUUGAAACGAAAUAUAACCAAUUAUUGGAUAUUGAAGAGCGCUACAAGAAAGAGAAACUCGCCGGCGAAAACUAUGCACAAGAAAACGAACGAUUAAAAGAGAAAAUUCGUUCAUUAGAAAAUCGUCUGUCGUCACACAAACCUGAAGGAAACACACGAUUAGAGACCGAACUUCAACUUAGUAUCAAGGAGCGUGAGACGAUGGCAACGUCAAAUGCUCAGCUUCGUGCUGAUCUCAGCAAUGCAGCAAGUACCAAUGAACGGUUAACUGGUGAAUGCGACAAGCUACGAACGGCGUUAGGUGGAAAGACGGAAGAAAACGAGCAGUUGAAGAAGAAGAUAUCCGAACUUGAACUCGUCAUGAAAUCAUUACGAGAGACGAACGAUCUACAAAGACGACUGAGCGAUGAGAAUGAAAUGAAUAAAAAAGAACUUAAAAGAAAACAAGAUGAUUUCGAACAAUUUCAAAAGAUGCACGAUGCAACCAAACGAGAACAUCAAACGACCAUCCAUUCACUUCAGGAUAAAAUUCACGAUCUCGAACGAAAAACUGAACUACAAGCAUUGAAGCAUGAGGAAAUUCUUCGUCAACUUGAAACAAUCAAGAGUCGACGCGAUCGAGUCCUACCACCAGCACUCGGAAAUCUACUUCCGAUUCCAAGUACAACUAUAAGCUCCCUACCGAAAAGCCUGGAUCCACAAAAUUCGAUCCGGGAUGAUAGUGCACCGAUUAAACCACGUCGACGAUCAACGGUUGCUAAUGAUAAGUCAGCAGAAAUUGUCGUUGCGAAAUAUUCCUAUGAACCAUUGAAGUUCUCGCCGAACGAUCAUCCUGAAAUUGAAUUACCGCUGAAAUCAGGAGAAUACUAUCUAAUCUACGGUGAUGUGGACGAAGAUGGCUUUUAUGAUGGAAGAAAUUUAGAGGGCCGCUAUGGUUUGAUUCCCUCGAAUUUCAUCGAAUUAAUUACAAAUCCAUAUGAUUUACCUGAACAUACAAAAUAUCUUAUUCAAAAGCUAACUGGUAGAACGUUUCCAGUUGAUGAUCGAACAUCACGGCAACGUGAACAAACAUUCAGCCUUGAUUCGGAUGUUUUCACAAGCAAUACGCCUCCAGCGAAUCUUGCGCACCGUAAAAUAACAAACAGCAGUUCAUCGGACAUUUCAAACGAUGAUCUAUCCUAUGGGAAACAUGUCCCGUGUCCUACAAAUUUACGUGUAGAGAAAUCUUUAACCAACAGUGUUCUAAUCGCUUGGAAUCCUCCCGCAUCGAACAUUCAAAUUCUUGGCUAUCAAGUUCUGCUUGACCAUUCGCUUUAUUCAAGUGUUCGCGCCAAUGAACGUACACGUGCUUUACUGGAAAAUAUCAAUCUAAAUGAAAAGUCGCAUCGAAUCAGUAUUCGCACAAUCUCACAACGUGGCCUUUCCCAUGAUCAAGAAUGUACAUUACUGUUAACAAAUUCUAAAGAAUCGGCUUACACACCACAUGAUUUACGUGUGGAUCGAAUUACUCAAACAUCAGCCGUUGUUUCAUGGUGGCCAGCUUCGAACGAUAUAGUUCACAAACUAUAUGUCAAUGACAUCGAUGUACAGACAUUGAAACCAGGAGUUUAUAGAUUUAAAUUAUCUGGCUUAUCGCCAAAUACACUGCACAAAGUAACCAUCAAAGCCAAACCAGCAGUACCACCGUCUGCUCAACAGCAAGUGUCAGCAUCGGUAGAAUUCCGAACAACUUCAUUUGAUGAAUCGAUUGAGCCACCCAAACGAGUACAAGUUAUUGCUGGCCCACAAACUAAUACGAUACUUGUUUCUUGGGAACAACCGUCAACUACCGCCUCAGCUCGUGGUUAUCGUAUACUUAUCGAUGGUCGUCAAGUUCAGGAUAUCAACAACCCAUUAAAUGAUCACACAGUUAUCAACUUGAAUGCGAUCCGUGAUGGUCGAUAUUUAACUCUACGAACGUUGACUGACAAUGAUGGCGAAUCACAUGAUUCGACUUCAAUCGAUCUUGAUGACGUAUUGAAAAAGUUGGAUAUGGAUAUACCCUCAGCACGUAUAGCCACUAUUUCAAAGGAAAUCGUUGUAGCAUUUCAAUCAAUGAAUGAUGAUGAUAUGCCUAAAUCGCCUCUUUCUCCUACGAGCAAGAAUCAUCGAAAGGGAUCUCGUCAAACGUCAACAAUAGGACAGGAAGUGACAACGCCGAUUAUUGCACCUUCCCCAUUAAAACCCACGUUGAGUGGCAAGGAAACGAACAAACCUUUAGUUCGAACAUCUCUGGAAUCACCAUCAGCUACAUCAUCCAUCAGUAGUGCAACGGAGAUUUCUCAAAGUGAAGUCAAAUCAUCUAACCCUCGAACGUCAACACACGGUCACUCUCCGGUUCGACAACAUCAAUCUUCUGAUGCUAACCGAAUACGAUCACCUAUGAGUGAAACUGUGCACAAAUCUGAUGAACAUCGUGUGUCACCGAAGGUACCAAAUAAAAACUUGACCUUACAAACAAAAAAUCACUUUCUCGGGAAAAUCAAUGGUCCACCACGCUUAUUCAUUGCUUUAUUCGAUUAUGAUCCAAAUGCGAUGUCACCAAAUCAAGAUAGCGAAGAAGAGUUACCAUUUAAGAAAGGGCAACUAAUCAAGAUAUUCGGCGAUCAAGAUGCUGACGGAUUUUAUAUUGGCCAAUCAGAGAAUGGUCGCACAGGUUAUGUGCCGAGUAAUAUGGUAUCAGAACUUGAGUCUGAUGAGUCUGAAACAGAUUCCAACGUAUCAUCAGUAACAUCGACAAAACGCACGCCGCCCAUUUCCACUCUAGCUAACGCAAAAUCGAUUAAAAAAAUGAUUGCUCUUUUCGAUUACAAUCCAGCCGAUCAUUCCCCUAAUACGAAUCACAGUGAUGAACUUUCAUUCCACGCUGGUGAUAUUGUCUACGUUCAUGGGAAUAUUCAUGACGACGGCUUCUAUUCUGGCGAAUUAGAAAAUGGUAAAAAAGGCUUCGUUCCUUCGAAUUAUCUCAAGGAAAUGCCAAACGAAGAUAACGCAUUGAAAAGAGACACUGAACCCAAUGAAACUAAGCGCACAUCUUUUCGUCGAAAAUACCAGCAACAGUAA